UGGGCAUGUGGGUACUAUCGCCGCCGAGAGCUCUCCGCAAUCCAAUCUGUCCGGAGUUCUCGGAAGUCGGGGAGUAAAUAACUGAACAUUGGCAUUAAAAUCAAAUCAGUCGUGUUUGCACUGGCAUCAGAGUUGGAUCGGCCAAUAAAUAUACAAUUACAAUUACGCUUACGGUUACAAUUAUGGCUGUUACCUGUGAAAUCGACUUCGAUAACAAUCCCCAUGGCACCUAUUUCGGUGGCCAGGUUCUCACUGGCAGGGUUACUUUGAAAUUGGACAAGAUGAAGUUGGUUAAAGCCAUCACCUUGAACAUAACCGGUUAUGCCGAGACGAGGUGGUCCGAAAGGGUAACCACAAAUCGGAGGAGGAGACGUCGCACCUUCUACGGACGGGAGGAUUACAUAGCGUCCAAGACGUUUCUUGUGGGAUCCAAUCUGAGCAGUCAAGUCUCUAUUGAGGCUGGCAUUCACACGUACAACUUUGUCUGCCAAAUUCCCACUGAAUGUCCUUCGUCUUUCGAGGGAAUCAAUGGAAGGGUGCGUUAUAUGAUCAAUGUGACUCUAGUCAGACCCUGGAAAUUUGAUCAGAACUAUACGCGAUGCUUUACAGUUUUGAAGGUUAUGGACCUCAAUUUCGAUAGUCCACUGCUAAGGGUACCCGCCCACAGUGAGACCUCAAAAACCUAUUGCUGUUGGCCCUGCAAAUCAGAUCCCUUGGCCCUUCAGCUGACAGUUCCACAGACAGGUUUUGUGCCUGGGCAGAACAUUCCCCUAAGUGUGUUAAUCACCAAUGAUAGCCACAUUCCGGUGGAGCAGCUCCUAAUGACCUUUGUGAUGCUGGUGACCUAUCACAGCAAGCCCCCAUCGAUGCCCAAUACCACCUCCGAACGGUUGGUGGUUAACACUCUAAAAGGGGACUCUGUGCAGAGAAACUGCAAAAAGCUCUUCACCUACGAAAUCAAGGUUCCAGCCACUCCACCCACCUGCUUUAACCUGUGCGGCAUCAUCCAGAUCGCCUACCAAGUGGAGGUUGAGGCUAAAGUCAAAGGCUGCCACAACAAUGAGAUAGUCAGCAUCCCUGUGACCAUUGGCAGUGUUCCUCUAUCCCUGCAUGUGCCAAUCCAACCCCGAGGCUUGAUCAAUCAGCCGUUGGAUGUUAAUGGGCUGGGUGGUGGAAAUGUAGCCACAGCUCCUCCGGCCAAUGCAUCAAAUCCCUGGGCAGUCGAUGACUCUAUUCCUCCUCCGAACUAUCAGGAAGCUCUUCACAUGCGCAGCACGCUUGACGAUAAGUCCGACGACUCAGACGAACCGGAGCCAGUACAGCCCAAUACUCUGAAUCUGGAUGGCAGUGCCUACAAGCCACUCUAUCCGGUCUUUGACAUUCCAAGUCCUUCGGCUCCACCGCCAUCGGACUAUACACAGAACUAUAUGGCCGAGAGAGCCUUUGUCAACCCGGCUUUGGAUGUGGACAAGGACAAGGGAACUUGGCUAUAAAUACGGAAAUAGCAAAAAAAUAUACAAUUUUAAGAAAGUUGAAAAAUGUUUUUCCGAUGUCAUGAAACAUUAAUCACCAAAAAUAAUAAUAAAUUCUUAA